AUGUCGACCACGUCCGGCAGCAUUUCGCGCAGCUCGAGAGCCUCAAAGAUGACGCCGUGCUCGUUCUUCGCGGCUGGCAAGUGCCGUGCCGGCAGCAGUUGUAAGUUCUUUCACGCAGCACGCGAAGAUCUUGCAGUGAGUCCGCUGCCGUGCAAAUUCUUUCUUCAAGGCACGUGCAAAGCAGGACGGACGUGCAAGUUCCUCCACUCGGCUAAGGCGCAGGUGGCAGCUACGGUCGUGAGCGCUAGCACGGGCGAAAAGAAGAUAGCGCCAGGAGCCUACGGGGUUCCAUGCAAGUUCUUUACAUACGGCGACUGCUCCAACGGCGACAGAUGCCCGUACCUGCACGUGGUCAAGACGAAGACGAAGGAGAACUGGCAGGAAGAAGAGGCUUCAGUCGAAGCAAAGGAACAUGCUGGAGCUGAUAAUUCGAUGGAAGAGGAGAAAGAAGCAUCGAUUGUGGCGCCGGAGGCGUCCUAUGGGAACAAGCAGGAGACAGCGAUGAUGGAAGAUAUGACGGACUUUAUCUCCAAGGAGGAAGAACUGUAUUAUUAUGGAGCACCUGGGGAGUUUAUAGACGCGGCAGUUGAGUCCGUGCUGCCGAUGCUGAAAGAAUCGUACGUGGGAGUCGUCAAGAAGAACGUGAAGGACAGACCGCUUUCGUUUGACGAGGAAGUGCCUGCAUCCCCCAAAAUCUGUACAUUUUUUUUGCAAGGAUCGUGCCGGUAUGGCAAUACGUGCUUUUACGCACAUUCUCUGCUUGAGUGUGCUCAGAGCGAGGAGGAGAUGCUAGCGAGGGACGAGGAAAUUCGUUUCUCGCAAGAUUUGGAGUGCGGCAUUUGCUACGAGUGUGUAGUUGACAAGGACGAGCGGUUUGGCUUGCUAUCUGGAUGCAACCACGUGUUUUGUCUCACGUGCUUGCGAAAUUGGAGGGGUAAUGCCGAUCAACCGAAGCAAACGGUUCGCCAGUGCCCAGUAUGUCGUGUGGAGACGACCUUCAUUAUCCCGUCUAGCAGGAUGGUUACGAAGCCGGAGCGCAAGAAAGUUCUCAUCGACGUGUACCGAGAGAAUCUAUCGGCUAUUCCGUGUCGUCACUUCGACGAAGGAAGAGGAACAUGUCCGUUCGGCACUAGCUGCUUUUAUGCACACCGCUUCCCGGACGGCACUUUGGACACACGUCAAGUGCGGACCGCGGUGGAUGCCGAUGGUCAGUAUGACGUUCUUCGACAAGUUCGACUCGAGCAUUAUUUCCAACAAAGCGAAAGCAUUGAGUGA